UGUGUUGAAAUUUCACGCGACGCAGAUCGCGCGAGUAGUCUGAUCACAAGCUAUAUAGUAUAAUAUAUGUUUAUGCAGAGACAUAAUAAUAGUAAUAAUAGCCUAGGAGUGCAUAUAAACAAUUUUUUUUGUUGAUGUAUAAUAAUGUGAGCUGUUGUUGGUGGCUGAACAAAAAAAAAACGAAAAAGAAAACAACAAAGAGCAAAGCGAACGCGCAAAUAAGGAAGGAAAUAUUUAUAUAGCGAUUAAUAUCAACACCGAAAGUCGUCAACGCACAUUCCCCGCCCCUUACGUUGCCGCGCCGCCCACAGUUGUUGUGGUUGUUGUUGUUGUUGUUGUUGGGUUGCCUUCAAUUCCAACUUUUGCUUACAAAAUGUCAACAGCCGUGGUCUAUUGGCAGUCAAUGAACGGCUGCGACAUGAAGAAGAGCCAUGAGCCAGUCUCAGCUUCGAUCACAAUGAAUGGCAAUGGCUCCACCACCCACCAGCCACCCACCAUGAGUAGCAGCAGCAAGCCCAACAGCUGGUCAACUUGGCAAUCUUCUUCCGCGCAGCAGCAGCAGCAGCAGCAGCAGCAGCCAACGCAUCAUUAUGUCAAUUAUUUGGCACAGAUCGGCUGUCAACAUACGAUAAACAAUUUUGUUGGCAAUGCCAAUUCCAAAUUUAAGUUAGCAACAAUACACAACAACAACAACAACAAUAAGCAAACCUGCAACAGUAUUCAACAACAGGAAGAAGAAGAAGAAGAAGCAGCAGCAGCAGCGUAUUAUUGCUUAACCGCUGGAUAUGCGUCCACGGCGGGCGCUGUCGAGACAUCCCAGGGCAGCGGUAGCGGCGGCGGCCGGCAACGACAUGCGCCGCUCUACGGCUGCUUUGUUGGUGAAGAGGAACUGCCUGCCACGCAUCGUGAUGUCAUGCAUCAUCACUCUAGUCCGUCGUCUUCGUCGGAGGUGCGAGCUAUGCAGGCACGCAUACCCACACACUUUCGGGAUUCGUCUACUGCACCGCUGCGCAAACUGAGCGUCGAUCUGAUAAAGACCUACAAGCACAUCAAUGAGGUUUAUUAUGCGAAAAAGAAGCGACGUGCACAGCAGACACAAGGUGAUGAUGAUUCGUCGAAUAAAAAGGAGCGCAAAUUAUACAACGAUGGCUUUGAUGAUGAUAAUCACGAUUAUAUAAUCAAGAAUGGCGAAAAGUUUUUGGAUCGCUAUGAGAUUGAUUCGUUAAUUGGCAAGGGUAGCUUUGGUCAGGUGGUCAAGGCCUACGACCAUGAGGAGCAAUGCCAUGUGGCGAUCAAAAUAAUUAAGAAUAAGAAACCGUUCCUAAAUCAGGCACAAAUCGAAGUCAAGCUGCUUGAGAUGAUGAAUCGAGCGGAUGCUGAUAAUAAAUAUUAUAUCGUCAAGCUCAAGCGUCAUUUUAUGUGGCGCAAUCAUUUGUGCCUCGUAUUUGAGCUGCUCUCGUAUAAUCUGUACGAUCUGCUGAGGAACACCAACUUUCGCGGCGUCUCGCUAAACCUCACGCGCAAAUUCGCGCAGCAACUUUGCACGGCGCUGCUGUUCCUAAGCACACCCGAACUGAACAUAAUACACUGUGAUCUGAAGCCCGAGAACAUAUUGCUCUGCAAUCCAAAGCGAUCGGCCAUUAAAAUUGUUGACUUUGGCAGCUCAUGUCAGCUGGGUCAGCGCAUCUAUCAGUACAUACAGUCCCGUUUCUAUCGAUCGCCUGAGGUGCUGCUGGGCAUACAAUAUGAUCUGGCUAUAGAUAUGUGGUCGUUGGGCUGCAUAUUGGUGGAAAUGCAUACGGGCGAGCCGCUGUUCUCCGGCUGCAAUGAGAUCGAUCAGAUGAACAAGAUUGUUGAGGUGCUGGGCAUGCCGCCCAAAUAUUUGCUCGAUAAUGCGCACAAGACGCGCAAGUUCUUCGAUAAGAUUGUCACCGAUGGCUCCUAUGUGCUGAAGAAGACACAAAACGGUCGCAAAUACAAGCCGCCCGGUUCGCGCAAGCUGCACGAUAUUCUCGGCGUUGAGACCGGCGGUCCAGCCGGACGGCGUCUGGAUGAGCCCGGCCAUUCGGUGUCCGAUUAUCUGAAGUUCAAGGAUCUUAUAUUGCGCAUGCUGGACUUUGAUCCCAAGACUCGCGUCACACCGUACUAUGCCUUGCAGCAUAACUUCUUCAAGCGCACCUCGGACGAGUCGACCAAUACGAGCGGCGCGGGCGCCCUGGCGAAUGCCGGUGCUGGUGGCAACAAUGGCAGUGGUAAUGGUAACGGCAACGGACCCAGUGGACCCGGCGCCAUCAACAGCAAUAGCAACAGUCUUGUCUCUGCCAGCGGUGCGGCUGUCGCAGCGGCAGCAAACGCCUCAUCGGCGGGUGGUGGCAGCAGUGUGGCGGGCAUGGUUGCCUCAGCGACGCAACAACAGCAGCAGCAGCAGGCGACACAGCAAACGUUGGUGUCCAGUAGCAGCGGCGGCGGCAGCAGUGGCGCCAACAACAUCAUGGAUGCCCAAUGUCUGGGUCUGCUGCUGAAUCCCAUGCCCGCAUCCCUGCAUCUCAACAACACAACGACAACGGCCAAUGCGAUGAACUUCUCGGCCCUGAGCCUGCAGCCAGCGCUGCAGCCAACGGCAAUGACAACGACAGCCGCCAAUAGCAGCAAUAGCAACAGCGGCAGCCACAGCAACAACAUCAUCAACAAUAACAACAACAUCAACAACAGUCUGAAUAGCUUAAGCCACAGCAGCGGCGGAGGCAAUCGUAAUAGUCGUAGCAUGUACUUGGCCAUGCAUGCUAUGGAUUGUGAUCCGCCACCGCUGUUGCACGGACUGCAGAUGCCGCUGCUGCCGCCAGUGCGGCUCAAUCAGCCGCCGUUCGAACGCAUGCGAAUGCAUCAGGGCAUCAAGCAUAAUGGUAGAACGACUCUACUGCCACCGCCACCACCCGCCGCUCAUCAACAGCACCAGCUGCAGCUGCAACCACAACCGCAGCCACAUCACAGCUAUGCACCGGCCUCGCUGCCACUAGACCUGAUGCAUCACUAUGGCAACAUGUCGGCGGCAGCAUCGCAUCUAAUGAUGACAGACUCGAGUGUUAUUAGCGCCUCAGCAGCCGGCGGACCGGCUGGCUCUGGGCCAACCUCAUAUUCGGCGCUGCUGUAUCAUCCACAGCCAAUGCCACCACUGCCGCCUUUGCCACUGCCAGCAUCAGCGUCGGCAUCGGCCUCACUGCCCGCACCCGCAGCAACGCCAGGCAGCAGCACCAGCAGCGGUGCUGGUGGCGGCAGUUCAACAGCGGGCGCCAGCAGUGAUGCCUCCUCGUCAUCGCCCAUGGUGGGUGUAUGUGUUCAACAGAAUCCUGUAGUUAUACAUUAGCGCCUUUUAAAAGAAAAUUUACCUAAUUUUUAUGUAUGCAUACUAAUAUAAAUUUAAUUUUAUUAUUUUCAUUAAUGCUGUUAUACCGUCGAUUGCCUCUGGCACCACACACAUACACUCACACUCUCACACACACAUACACAUAGCCAAGCGCAUUGCCGGCAGAGAACGGCAGGAGGUGGCACUUUUUAUGACACCAUGGUGGCAUUAACAAAUCAUGGGUGUGGGUAAAUGCGAUCGGCAGGCAUAUAAGCAUAAGCGAGAAAAAUCUCGCUUGCUGUCUCGCUCUGUCUGCACUGGCAGCCGCGC